AUGGGUCUUGUUGAUAGCAGUUCAGUCGAUAUUGCUUGGGUUGUGUUUCUGUUCCUGAACAUUGAAGAAGCACGGUUACAACCUGGAAUUACCAGAACAUCAAGCUUGGAUUUGAUCUAUAUGCCAUAUACACAUUCACUCCUUGCAGGAAUAAUAUGGAGCAUUCUUGGCGGCAUCUGGUAUCGAUACUUCUCUGGCUACCGUGGUGGAAAUAAAGCCGCCAUUAUAGUAAGUUUAGCUGUAUUGUCGCACUGGUUCGAAGAUUGUGUGGUACACAAAGAAGAUCUCCUUCUGUUCUCGUUUAAUAACGACAACCGAAAAUACGGGUUUGGUCUGUGGGAUUGGCAUCCGGUCUAUCCCAUGAUCACGGAACUGAUAUGUACUUUUUCCACCACGUUAUACUAUUUAUAUAAUACCAGUCCGCAUUCACAUACAAUAACUGAUCAGCGAAAAAGGGUUUGGUCUGUUUGGGGUCCAACUAUAUAUCUGGCUGAUAUGGUCUUGACGGAAUGGGUUUCGCUAAUUGAACCACCGAGUGAAUUCCUGUUUAAAUUUUCGUUUAUUAGUCUCACAAUACAGGCAGUAUAUGUCGGAGUUUGUAUGGAUUCUGUCAGAGAUGUGAAGGUGAAACAAUAG